AUGAAGUUCUCUUUCACAGCUCUUCUUUCUGCCGCAGGCGCAGCUCUGGCAGCUCCGGCCUCCCUGGAGGAGCGUGCCACUCUCAACUAUGUGCAGAACUACAAUGGUGCUGCUGCAAACUUCAAGUACAACCAAGGUGCAGGCACCUACAGCUUGAACUGGAACGGAAACACCGACGUCGUAGUCGGCCUUGGCUGGACCACAGGCAGUGCCAGAACCAUAAACUUCUCCGGCAGCUACAACCCCGGCAGCAGCGGUUCCUACUACACCGUCUACGGCUGGCUCAACUCCCCCCUAACCGAAUACUACAUCGUCGAAAACUACGGCUCCUUCAAUCCCUGCACCGGCUCCGGUGUAACCCAACAAGGCUCUGUAACCUCUGAUGGCUCAACAUACCAAGUCUGCACUCACACCCAAGUCAACCAGCCUUCGAUCGUCGGCACGGCAACUUUCACUCAGUUCUUCUCUGUGAGACAGAGUAAGCGGACUUCCGGGUCUGUUACUACUGCGAAUCAUUUCAAGUAUUGGGCUACGAAGGGCUUUGGGAACAGUAAUUUCAACUAUCAGGUUUUUGCGACUGAGGCUUUUAGUGGGUCGGGGAGUGCGUCGGUUACUGUUUCUUGA